GUACAAUUGUGUUUCAGAGACGUCUAGCCCUGCUAUCGUGGGCUUUUCAGAGAACCGAUGAGGAAAAUGUUUCUCGAGUUUGUUUUGUUCUUUUUGUGCUUGUGGCGUCUGGAAGGAGUGUUUGGGGAUGAUGAAGCGAGGUCAGUGUCAGUGAUGGAGGGAGAUUCAGUCACUCUAAAAACUAGUCUGACUGAAUUAAUUGAUGAUGAUCUGAUUCAGUGGAGGUUUGGGAUAGAAAUAACUUUAUUGGCUGAAAUCAAUAAAAAGGCUGAUAGAAUAGCUGUGUAUGAUGAUGUUCUUGACGGGAGAUUCACAGACCGACUGAAGCUGGACAAACAAACCGGAUCUCUGACCAUCACUAACACCAGAACUGAAGAUACUGGACGUUAUUUAUUACUGAUAAACCACAUGAGCAUCAUUUUCACUCUCAUCGUCUCUGAAAUAAAGAUGGUGUCAGUGAAGGAGGGAGAUUCAGUCACUCUCAACUCUGAUCUUACUGAAGUAAAGGAUGGUGAUGAGAUUCAGUGGUGGUUUGGAAACACUUUAAUCGCUGAAAUCAAUAAACAGACCGACAUCAUGACUGUAUAUGAUGAUGUUCUUGACGGGAGAUUCAGAGACAGACUGAUGCUGGACAAACAAAGAGGAUCUCUAACCAUCACUAACAUCACAAUGAAACAUGCUGGAGCUUAUGUAACACUGAUCAAUCAUAUCAGGAUUUAUUUAUAUCUCAUUGUCUAUUAUCACGUUGCAGUGCUUGAGGGAGAUUCAAUCACUCUGAACUCUGGUCUCACUGAAAUGAAGGAUGAUGAUGAGAUUUUGUGGAAGCUUUGGAUUGAAAACACUUUGAUAGCUGAACUUAACGUAACCGCUAAAGGCAUCGAUGUAUAUGACGAGCACAUUUAUGGGAGUUUCAGAGGCAGACUGAAGGUGGAUGUUCAAACCGGAUCUCUGAUCAUCACAGACGCUAGGUUUCACCACAAUGGACGUUAUGAAUUACUGAUCAACCACGUCACAAUUUAUUUUUUUCUCAAUGUCUAUCGUGAAAUAUCAGCGAUGGAGGGAGAUUCGGUCACUCUAGAUUCUGAUUUUUAUGAAAUGGAUGAUUAUGUUAUUCAGUGGGCGUUUUGGACUGAAAACACUUCAAGAGCUAUAAUCAGUAAAGAGGUUAACAGAAAUACUGUCUAUGAUGUUCUUGACGGGAGAUUCAGAGACAGACUGAAGCUGGACGAUCAAACCGGAUCUCUGACCAUCAUGAACACCACAAAUGAACAUACUGGAGUUUAUUAUCUGCAGAUCAACAAUGACAGCUGGUCUUUUUAUUAUCUCGCGGUCUACGCUCAUCUGCCUGUUCCUGCCAUCAGCAGAGACUGUUCUUCAUCAUCAUCAUCUUGUUCGUUGUUGUGUUCGGUGGUGAACGUGGGUCACGUGACUCUCUCCUGGUACAAAGGAAACAGUUUAUUGUCCAGCAUCAGUGUGUCUGAUCUCAGCAUCAGUCUCUCUCUACCUCUGGAGGUGGAAUAUCAGGAUAAAAACAUCUACAGCUGUGUGAUCAACAACCCCAUCAGAAACCAGACCACACAUCUGGACAUCAGCAGACUCUGUCACACGUGUUCAGACUCUGAACACUGCUGUGGUUUUACUGAAGCUGUGAUCCGAUUGGCCCUCUCCGCUCUGGUGGGCGUGGCUACAGUCCUGUAUAUCUGAUCCAGAAGAGAUCAAGCACAUAUUCACACAGCAGGUACCUCAUUGAUAAUACAGUUUCUCAUAAAGCUGUUUAUUAUUUAUAAUAAUGUUCAUUUAUUUGUAUUUGGUUUUGUAUUUAUAUUCACAUACUGGUAUGU